AUGGUUUCUGCAAAAGAACCAAAUGAAACAAACAGUUUCAUUCGUGUUCACUCUGGAUUUCAUAAUGAAUAUAUUUUAAAUCAACUCAAAAAUGAAUAUCAUAUCAUUGAUUCUCCAAUUCUAAGUCAUGACAUUCUCUUACCAAAUAAUAUUAAUAUUGACAUUGUUGAUGCUGACUCUAUUAUUUCUGAUGCUGAUUAUACAACGUUAAUCCAAAGAAGAAAAUAUCUUAAAGAUACCGAUUUUGUUAUUUUCUUCUUGAAAUCAUCUUUUAAUUCUUCUCUCAUUCAACGUCUUCAAUUUGACUUAUCACCAUCUUCUUCAUUUCUGUUUAUUCCAAUAGAAGAUGAUGAUCUUUUGUUAAUGAAUUGUAUUAACUCUAUUCUUAAAUCAAAUGUUGAGCCUUUUCAUAAUGAUGAAAUCAACUUUGCUGAUGAGAUAAAAUCAUUUGCAUCACAACUAUCAUCGUUGAUUAAUGAUGACGUUUAUUCAUUGAUGAAAACAAAUCAUCUGUCUAUUUCUGAUUUGUUCAACUCAUCACUAUUAUUAUCAAAAGGUAUUAAUGAAGACAUUGUACAAUCUCUUCAACAAUUAUUUUCAACUGAUCGUUUCUUAUAUUUUUUUGUUUUGAUUAACAAUUUAAAAUAA